AUGCCAUCACUUCCGUGUGGGGAGUCGCCUAAGGACUUACAAGCCAGGGGUAGUGGUCAUCUCGAUCGAGUUGAAGCUUGGCCGGUCGAGUUGAGGAACUCGACCGGUUGGUCGAGUGGACGGUCGAGCUGGUCUUCAAGAUGGCUUCUCCCUUCUUCCUUUGCGUGUCCAGUUGAGCUGCUUCCAUGCGCCAAGUCCCUCCAUGCUCCUUAUGUCCAUAUGCUCCAGAAUGCUCCAAAAGACCUAUUUCAAAGGCCAAACAUGCAUAUGGAUCUCUCAAGAAAGUGGCUUUGCUUUGGCAGAAGGCUAAGUGUUAGAACCAAGAUGAUGCAAGAACAGCAGCUCGAGCCGCCUAAUCCUAACUCGAUCGAGUUCAACACUUAG